AUGGUCCAGCAAACCGUCGACCCGAACGACCAGUCGCAGCACUACCGCGCCACCGUCGCAGGCGGCGCCAAGGGCGGCCUCGCCGGCCUCGCCGUCGGCGGUGCAGGAGCUGUGGCGCUCCAGCGUGCGGGCGUCAAGGGCUUCACCCAGCUCACGCUCCCGCUCAAGGCUUUUGCUGUCACAGCACUCGGCACGGCCGGCUUCAUCAUCUCGGCCGACAAGGCGGCGCGCGAGUUCGAGCUGUCCAAGUACGCGACGGGCUCGGGCACGGAGCUCGAGCGCAUCUCGCACGAGCAGCAGCGCCUCGAGCAGGAGGCCGGGAUCGCGCCCGGGUCGAAGAACAAGGGCGCGGCGGGACCGGUGAGCACCAAGGAGGCCGUCAUCGAGUGGGCCAAGGAGAACCGGUGGACGGCGAUGGGCGUGACGUGGGCCGGCUCGAUGGCUGCUUCGGGCGCAUAUAUCGCCGCGACGCCGCUCUCGUUCGCGCAAAAGCUCGUCCAGGCGCGCAUGGUCUCUCAGGGCGUCACCGUCGCCGCCCUCAUCGCCUCAGCCGGCCUGAGCCAGAUCCCGAACGCGCAAUCGGGCAAGUCGGACGACCAGAUCAAGCGCGAGGAGCGCGAGGACGGCAUGUACGCCUGGAAGAAGGGCUCGCCGCACACGCGCAGCGACGCCAAGACGACCAACUGA